AUGAGUCAGUUGAGAUCAGAGAGCAAAGCGUCUGCAUCUACUUUCUCACUCUAAUUCAAGUAGUUCCACUUCAAUAACCUCUAGCACACCUUCUGAGAUAUUGCUGAGAUCACAAUUUGGAUACCUGACUGCCAGGCUGCAAACAUGAACAAGAUUCGUCCUCGAUAUGCAGUUGACCGGUUUACAUACUCACUUGACAUUUUUAAUGAGGAAUAUGAAAAGAAGAACCGUACUUACCCUGUUGGUGGGAAGGCCCGAAAACUGUUCAGCUGUUCUCCAGCCAAAUUAAAAUCUCUGAUAUUUGGCCUCUUUCCUAUACUCACCUGGGUGCCCAAAUAUAACUUGAAGGAAUAUGCACUGCCAGAUCUGCUUGGUGGCCUGAGUGCAGGCACUAUACAGGUACCACAAGGUAUGGCUUUUGCUCUUCUUGCUAACCUUCCCCCAGUGAAUGGCUUGUACUCUUCGUUUUUUCCACUUGUGACUUAUUUCUUCUUGGGAGGAAUCCCACAGAUGGUGCCAGGUACCUUUGCUGUCAUUAGCAUCAUCGUGGGAAAUGUGUGCAUGCAACUGGCUCCAGAAUCAAAUUUUCAGACAUUAAACAAGACUACAAAUAUUACUGAUACAGACACUGAAGCAAUGAAUGCUGCCCGAAUGCAAGUUUCAGCCACACUGGCAUGCUUAACAGCUGUCAUUCAGAUUGCGCUAGGCUUUGUACAGUUUGGAUUUGUUGCUAUAUAUCUCUCUGAAUCAUUUGUACGUGGUUUUAUGACAGCUGCUGGCUUGCAGAUUCUCCUUUCUGUGCUCAAGUAUAUAUUUGGAGUCACCGUUCCACCAUACAGUGGCCCUCUGGCCAUUAUAUAUACAUUUAUAGAUAUCUGUAAAAAACUGGGACAAACCAAUGUGGCAUCUUUAGUGUUUGCUUUGGUCAGCGUAGUGCUGCUAAUCACUGUGAAGGAGUUGAAUCUCAAAUAUAUGCAUAAGAUCCAUUUUCCCAUCCCCAUGGAGAUUAUCAUCGUCAUUAUUGCUACAGUCAUCUCUGGUAGUUUUAACCUUCCUGAAAAGUAUCACAUGGAUAUUGUGGGACAGAUCCCUCUAGGAUUUCCUUCUCCUACCUUACCGCAAGUCAGUCAGUGGGGAGAAAUGGUUGGCACAGCAUUCUCCCUAGCUAUUGUUGGCUACGUGAUUAACCUUGCCAUGGGCAGGACCUUAGGAGCAAAACAUGGUUAUGAUGUUGACCCAAACCAGGAAAUGUUGGCCCUCGGCUGUAGUAACUUCUUUGGUUCAUUUUUCUUUAUCCAUGUGAUUUGCUGUGCGCUUUCUGUUACUUUGGCAGUGGAUGGUGCUGGAGGAAAGUCACAGAUGUCAAGCUUCUUUGUCAUGAUGGUGGUCAUGGUAACUAUGCUGUCUCUUGGUACCUAUUUACAACCCUUGCCCAAGUCUGUUCUAGGAGCCUUGAUAGCAGUUAACCUUAAGAAUUCUCUGAAGCAACUUGCUGACCCUUUCUACCUUUGGAGCAAAAGCAAACUUGAUUGUUGUGUCUGGGUUGUGAGUUUCCUCUCUACAUUCAUCCUUGGGCUUCCAUAUGGAGUAGCUGUCGGUGUGGGCUUUUCUGUCUUGGUUGUCAUAUUCAAUACACAAUUUCGAAAUGGUUCAGCUUUGGGUCAGAUUUCUUCCACUGAUCUAUACAAAAACCCCAAAGUAUACAGCAAGGUUCAGUCUAUUGAUGGUAUUAAAAUUGUCAAUUACUGCUCUCCAUUAUACUUUGCAAAUUCAGAAAUAUUUCGACAGAAAGUUAUCAAGAAGACUGGCCUGGACCCUAACAAGGCCUAUCUGGCCAAAAAAAAGUACUUGAAGAAGCACGAGAAGGAAGAAGAGAGAAGACAGAGGGGAUCUGUGUUCAUGAAGAGCAAGACUUUGUCACUCCAAGAACUUCAGGAAGAUUUUGAUGGAGCCCUUUCCACUGACUCCAACAACAACAGCACAGUGAAUGGGACAAACAGUGCAAUCAGUUACAUAGCAUCUAACACCCUAACUGUAAAUUCACAAAUCACAACUCCUAUUCCAAAUGGCAUGUCAGCUAAAACAGAAGAUCCUAUCUUGACGGCUCCUCCGAUUGUCAACUUCCAUACGAUAAUUAUUGACAUGAGUGCUGUGUGUUUUGUUGACCUAAUGGGGAUUAAAGCAUUAGGCAAGUUGUGUUCCAGUUACCAAAGGAUUGGAGUGAACUUCUACUUAGCAGAUGUACAAGCUCAAGUAUAUGAUGACAUCGAACAAGGAGGAGUUUUUGUUGAGGGAGGUCUUAAUCGUGAUCAUAUAUUUCUCACUGUACAUGACGCUGUGCUAUAUGCAUUGGCCAACGAUAUUGGAGCAAAACACGAAGCCUACAUAAAAGAGGGCUCUGGGGACACAGAUAUUUGUAUGCAAGACACACAAGAUGAAAUAAAUGAGGAUUAUCCAAAUCUUGAAGAAGCAAUGUUUGGCAGCAUGUUCCAGACAGAAAUCCAAACAGCACUGUAAGAAUUGCACUUGAGCGGUUGCCUACAACAAUGCUCCAUUCCUUUGAACCUACAGACUUGUCAGCAAGCUUCAGGACACCAUAAUUUUGGACUAUGUCAAAAAACUAUGAUUGGUAAUGCAUGGAAACAGCAGUAUGUGCUGCAUUUCACUCAAAAUGGAACAGAAUUCAAAUGACAAUGAAUUGUGUUGAUGACAUUCCACUGUCUGCAUAAUGAAUUUCAACUGUAUCUCAAUCUUCAUAAAUGCAGCUACAGGUUUAAUCUUUUGUGUACCUGCCAUAGCUGAAAGUUUUGCACAAAUCUCACAAGCAUGACUUUCCAUUGUGAUAAUGGAAACAAAACUAAAUGGAGUCCAUAUAAUAUCACCAAUGACUUUCUAAAGUCUGUAAAACUGUCCAUGACAUUUUUACACUUGCUAUCUUUUCAGAGCAAAUAUGACUUCUCAAAGACCCGAAAAAAAUAAUAAUUGCCUAAUGUUGCUUUUGUAAAUUAAACACUGAAUCUUUACAUUAUUUAUGUCACUCGUGUAACUUGAUCAAUUUCAACUAAAUCAAAUGUUUAAAACCUCUGCUAGAGGGAUUACUAGCAGAGUAUUUCCUGGAGAUGUGCAGAAUUAAAUUCUAUCAUCUUGUACUACAUGAAGCCAGUGACCAAACUGCUAUUGACUUUGGACUGCAAAGCUAUUAAAACUGUCUUUAGCAGCCAUAAUAUGCAUACUAUUAUUAUGUGUACUGGUUAAACAUUGGUAUUUACAGUAUUUUAUCAUGAUUCCUGUGUAUGCUAAUUCUAAAUUGCAUGCAAUAAAAAGCACUGAUCAUGAAAAACGUGGCAGCCUCUAGCUUUUGUCUCAGUGAAAAUAUUUUUGCACACCUUUAUUAUGAAUAAAUGUAAUACUAUAGCACACUUUGUUUAUAUGGGAAAUAAAAAUCCUUUCUAGCC